AUGAGCAACAUCAAGUCUGUUUCAGUGCAACAGAGUCUGACAGCCGGCUGGGACCUUGUAACACAGGCAUUGCUGUCCUCAGAUGCUCCUGUGGCUUUGUCAGAAGAGACUGUUUCAGAAGCUUUGGCCCUGCUGUGUUCUCAAGGGCUAGGUCCUUAUGUGGAAGGUUGGCUACUGGAGACCUUGCAGAUGCGUCUGACCAGCACUGUAGCCCCAGAGUUCUGGGCGAGACUUAAGCAACCACAGGAGGGGCUUCAGGAGAGGGAACGAGCCAAAACCUUACUAGAAGCCUUUAGAAACCUUCUGCUUCAACUGGAGCCAUUCUUAGGAGCCCUAGAACGCUUAGGCACGUGGCAGGACGAUGGUGUGGGUGGUCUGUGUGGCCCUGGGGCUCAUGGACUGAGGGAGAGAGCUUUUUCUGUCAUCCGUGCCAUUCUUCUCUUCUCUCCUCCGCCUGUGCUACAGGAGCGUGUGCUGGAGUUCUACAGCCGCACUUUCUCAGUACACAUGAAUCAGGCAGGGGAGCUGGGAGACAGUGAAGAGGCAGUCUCAGGAUCAGAGGGGAGUGACUGCCCAGGCUGCACUGCCCCUCCUCAGCUGUGCUGGUGCCUAGAAGCCCUGGAGCAACUACAAGAACUAAGUCACAUACUCUCCAGACUGCAGCUGUUGGAGAGGGUGAGCUCGGAGGCAGUGACCUCCAUCCUGCACUGGCUGAUCGAGCAGAGGAUGGAGCAGCGUUGCAGGGGUGAAUACGAGACCUCCUUCCUUUCUGAUUUUCAGGAGUGGCUGGAGCAGGUGCUGAGUUGGUUGAGUCAGGUGUUUGCCAGUGAAGUAGGUGACACAGACAACAGUGCCAUGUCUCAGGAGGGGGCCAGUGGGGAGGUGGGCCAGCCUGCCAGUGCCAUUCUUCAGCGCUGGCGCUGCCACAUGCACCAGUUUUUCUGCCACAUCUAUGUCAACAUGAGGAUCGAGGAGCUGUUCAGUAUCAUAAGAGAUUUCCCAGAGUCUACUCCUGCUAUAAAAGACCUCAAGUUCUGUCUGGAGCGGACCAAUCAGAGACAGCAGUUGCUCACCUCCCUGAAAUCUGCAUUUGAGACGCGUCUGUUACACCCAGGAGUCCAUACCUCCGACAUCAUCACCGUUUACAUUUCAGCCAUCAAAGCCCUGCGGGAAUUGGACCCGUCCAUGGUAAUCCUUCAGGUGGCCUGCGAGCCCAUCCGCAAAUAUCUGAGGACUCGGGAGGACACAGUGCGACAGAUUGUUGGCAGUCUGACAGGUGAUUCAGAGGGCUGCAGUGAUCUGGCCACCGAACUCUCACGUGCUGACCCUGUUACCCUGGAAACACAGGACAGUGAAGAAGAGGGGAGUGACCCAGAGGAGUGGACGCCAGACCCCACCGAUGCCCUCACAGAUAACACAGGCUCGAAGAGACGCUCAUCAGACAUAAUCAGUCUGCUGGUUAGUAUAUAUGGAAGUAAAGAGAUCUUCAUAGAUGAAUACAGGACUGUCUUGGCAGACAGACUGCUACAUCAGCUUAACUACAACACAGCCAGGGAGAUUCGUAAUGUGGAGCUGCUCAAGCUGAGGUUUGGAGAGUCUCACAUGCACUACUGUGAAGUCAUGCUUAAGGAUGUGGCAGACUCACGCCGCAUCAACACAAACAUCCGUGAGGAAGAGAGUCGUCUGUCGGAGGAAGAGCAGCCACCUUUGGCCCUUUCAGUCAUGAUCUUGUCAUCAGAGUUCUGGCCUCCACUCAAAGAGGAGAAACUGGAGCUCCCAGAGGUGGUCUCCAAAGCUAUGGAGGCCUACACACGCCGAUACGAGAAACUCAAGGCUAUGAGGACCUUGAGCUGGAAACCUCAUCUGGGCUCCGUGACACUGGAUGUGGAGCUUGGGGACCGAACACUCACCAACAUCACUGUCUCUCCUAUCCAUGCUGCAAUCAUCCUCCACUUCCAGGAAAAAGCCACAUGGACCCUUGAGGAACUGAGUGGAGUUGUGGGAGUGCCACAGGAGAUGGUGCGUAGAAAACUUGCCCUGUGGCAGCAGCAGGGGGUGGUGAGGGAGGAGGCUGGCGGACGCUACACUGUGUUGGAGACAGCGUCAGCCAGGGAGAGAGGAGACAGAGCAGUCAUGCUUAUAGACAGUGAUGAAGAGGGAGACUCCAACACCACCACCCAAUCAGAGCAGAGAGAGGAGAAACUACAGUUGUUCUGGGCGUAUAUCCAGGCCAUGUUGACCAAUCUGGAGACCAUGACCUUGGAGAGGAUCCAUUCCAUGCUGCGCUUAUUUGUUGCCACGGGGCCCGUGGUUACGGAAAUGGAUGUCAGCGAGCUCCAAGCCUUCCUACAGAAGAAAGUACGAGACCACCAGCUCAUUGUCUCCUCAGGAGUCUACCGCCUGCCUAAGACCAACCAUUAGUGGAUUUAGGAGGGAAAAAGAGACAGACUCAGGGGAGAGCUUA